AUGAGAAACGUCCCCACAAAUUGCUGGUUACAAGUGCCAACCCAAACUCAUCGCCGUCUCGGAGAUCUUCCACUUGAGAUCAUAUACAAUGUGAUGGGGUUACUCGGCUGGGAGGGCUCGACCUGUCUUGGCUUAACUUGUCCUGAGCUUUACGCUGCAUACAGAGCUCUAUACCCAUCAAAGGUUCCAUUACGAAGCCUGGUCGAUACAAGUCUUCCUUUCCGAUUACACCCGGUCACUGAGCUCGAGAUGUCUCAAUUAUACCCACCAAUCGAACUGUACAAGCUAGUUGAAAACUGGAACGGGCUGAAAGAUCGAUAUUUCUUUUGGGAAAAUGAUCUCUGCUGGACGAGGGAGAACGCAGGGUAUUCUACGAGUAUGACGACGGAAUUAGAUGUCCCUUCAAGCGGUGUUCCGGAUCGUUUUCUUCUCGCGUCUGUCUUCGCAAACAAAAUCCAAAAGAUGAAGAUGUUGCAGGAAAGAUAUCAGGACUAUGAAUCUACACGUACUGAUCGUACGGAUUGUACGUCGGUAGAUGACGAACAGGACACUUCGACUUAUCUGGGCUCAAAAGAGGGAGGUUUACUCCUCCAAGUGAAUCGAAUCCCCUCUCCCUUCAAUUUAGGAGCUGAAUGGGAUAGCAAAGCUAAGAGAGUAAUUGUGGAAAGCAUCAAUCUGGCACCGUCUGCACUCUUUUGGAAAAUUCACUGGAAGUACACAAAUAUCUGGCAAAGAAAUAGAUUGUACUUUGAUAGGAAAUGGAAAGCUGCUGAGGCGGUGGAGAGAGCUUUGGACAACUUCUCAGACUGGAUCGAAAUGAUCGGGUUUUGA